AAAUUUCUCACUAAAAUAAAAUCCCUUCUCUUCCCUCCUUCCUCCUCUUACUGAAGCACUCCUCUCAGGACACUCUGUUUUUCAUCAAAGGUUUUUUCUCUCACAUUUGAGUCCUCUGAAUCAUUUCCCAUAUCAAGAGAAGAAGACAUAUCGAUGCCGCUGGGGAGAAGGGACAAGGCCACUAGGGUAGAUGUGCUGUUAGUAGUUUGGGACAGACUUGAAGAGGAAAAUCAAGUAUUCUUCCAGGAAUAUUAUCAGAGAUUGGUUUUGAUGGACCAAAUAAAUGAAUUCAAUCGGCUGCUUGAGAAACAGUUGCAGUUGAUGAAUCAGAUGAAUAUAAAUGAGGGUGCUUCCAUAUCUACUGUUAAUGCAUCUUAUAUGCCAUCAAUCCUUGAGAUCACAGCCCAUAAUACAGGACCAGCUUCAGAUAUGCAUCAACCUAUUGCUUCUAGUUUGCCUGGUAUAGACACUUAUGGUAGUUCAUCCUGGCACAAUGUCUCUCGGAUCUCAGUUCCUAAUACAGGACCAGCAUACAACAUGCACCAACCCCUUGCUUUGUCAGCUGUAUUUACCAAUGGUAGUCCAUCUUCACGCUAUGCUCCUCGGAUCUCAGAUUAUCAUACAAUGUCACCUUUGAGCAGACAACAAUCCAUGGCUUCUGCUGAGCCUGGCUCAUUCACUAAUGGUAGCGCACCCUUGCAAACUGGACCAGCCUUGAAUCCGCACCAGCCCAUCGCUUCUGGUUUGCAUUUUGUAUCAGACGAUGCUAGUUCAUUCUUGUACAACGAUAUACCUACUGAUUUUCAGACGACCACCUAUGCCAGUAGGUUUUGUGACCUACCAUCCAUGGUUUCAACUCAGAACUCAAACGAUGGUCUAUUGUCACAGGGCAGUGGUUUCUCUGGCAGCAGUCAUUACAUGUUUGAUGCUGUAAGCAGUGGGGAAUUGGAUGCAUCUAUACCAGACACAAGCUCACCAGGAAAUGGUUUCUCAGACAGCAGUUCUUACAUGUUUGCUGCUGACAGCAAAGUCCCCCAAGCACGACCACAAAAUGGAAAUGCAUCCGAUGCUGCAUCUGCAAGCCCAACCUAGUCAAAGUUCUUCUCUUGGUUCCAAAGAUACAUAAGCUUCAAUUUUUCAUAUUUUCAAAAGAUUCAGUUGACUUUGUAUUUCACAUUUUUCUUUCUUGCUGGUAACUGAUAGUUGAUUUAGGUAACUGAUAAAACAACUUCUCAAACACCCUUCUAUUUUUCAUAUUUUCUUGUGAUGCUUUUGGCUUUUGCUUUAUUUUCAAAAAGACACUACAUGAAGGAAAAUAAUUUUGGCUUUUUGGGAUAUUUGGAAAACUAAACACACUGAAAAUUUACUGAGGUUUAGAGCAGAGAAAUGCUGAAGGUUGGAAUGUUUGAGCUUGACUCUAUAAUUCAGACUCCUUCAAUAACGCAUUCUGUUCACA